AUGAAAAAUGUUUACAAAUACCAAGAUGUCAAGCUCAUAGCUAUGAAUAAUAAGCAAGAUGAAAAGAAAUUUAUUAAGCAGAUCUGUAAACCCUCUUUUAAAUAUGCUAGACAGCUUGGAAAUACACUUGUUGGAGUACAUAUGGGAAAAGCUAGUGUAAUUUUCAAUAAGCUUAUUAUUGUCAGAUCAUCACUUGGAUAUAUAAACACAGACUUAUUUAUAUUUCAAGUUGAAACUGAAGAUAUCUAUAAAGACAUAGCAGAGUGGCCUGAUCUUUUUGAUCUUAAUGAUUCUAAGACUAUUGGGUUUUUUAAAAAUGAGACUCUAAGCAAUAUGAUUAUGGAAUCUUAUUAUAUUCAGGCCAAGUUAUACCACUAUGUCUUAGCAGAUAAGUCUACAAAAUCUAAGCAUAAAAGGGUUAGCAAAAAAGGUAUAAAUGAAAUGGCCACAAAUUCAUACAUGCCAGUUUUAGAAAGGUCCUUGCAAGAUAAUCCAAUAGAUAGAUCAUUAUUAUUAGAGCAAGAAGCUAUGCGAACUGAGUCAGAUCUUAUGACCCUAGUAUAUCAGGACAGUCUUUUUGAUAAGGAAGUAUUCUAUGCCAAAAAUAUAGGUAUUCAUUCAAAAGACCAUAUAUUAUUUUUGGUCAAAUUAGAAAAAAAGGCUCUUUGUCUUAUAAAUACUAAACAUUGGAUAUUAUCUGAUAAAAUAACUAGUUUACCAUAUAGUCAUUGGCAUAUACAAGCAUUUAAAAAUUUUGUAUCAAAUAGAAUAUCUUCAGAGUUGGUUGAACAAAGAGUUUUAAGCAUUAAGCUCUCAAAGAAGUAUCAAAAUAAAUGUGUAUCUCAUAUAUCUAGCUUACUAAUAUAA